AUGAUAAGAAACAUCCCUCUGCUGAUUCGAGAAUGGAGGCCAGGUUUCAAGGUCAAAGAUGAAAUCCUGCGAACAUUACCGAUUUGGGUGAAAUUGCCUCAACUACCCAUCAUUCUGUGGGGUGAUACAAGUUUAAACAAGAUAGGAAGUGCCCUUAGAAACCCCAUCAUGACAGACGAAUGUACGGCAAACAGACUCAGAGUAUCAUAUGCGCGCAUACUUGUGAAAAUGGACAUUACAAAGGAACUGCCACAAAUAAUUACCAUUAGGGAUAAUGAAGGAGAGAAAAUCCAACAACCUAUUGAGUAUGAAUGGAGACCCCUGUUCUGCAUCAAGUGUCAAAAGGUUGGUCAUAGCUGUGAUAAACCCAAAGGCACACAACAAUGGAAACCUAAACCUGCACCACAACAUGUAGACUAUGUGAAAACUGUGAUGGACAACACUACUAAAAGGAUUCCUAGGACUGAAGGAAACAACAACAUUGUAGGAGACAAGGUUAAUUCCCCUGCUGUGGAGAACAAUGCUAAUGGAAAUACAUUAGGUGAGUGUCCCACUGAUCUGGUGAGUAAGGUUGCUGAUCCACCUCUAGAAAAUGGAGUGAACAUUAUUGAGCAGGUUGAGGCAGUUAUGGAGAAGUGGAUAGAAGUAAUAACAAGUGGUAAGGAUAGAGGUAAACCACAAGACAACCCCAACAGUAUAAAUAAGAUUGUUUGUGCCAAUGGCUUUGAGGCUCUUGAGAUUUCGAAGGAUCUUAUAGAGUCUCAAAAUACUGGCCAAUGA